GUUUACAGACUUUAUUGAGGACCCUUUAUUUUUCUUUGCACUCAACACCAAUCCUGCCCAUUUCCUAUGGUGGUUAUCUCGUUGCAUCAUCCACCCUCGUCUUUCCCUUUCUUCCUCAACCCCGUCGCCAUUCUUUAAACCACAUCGCUGGUCUUUAACACUCGCCGCCCUGUUGUUUCUCCUACAAUCGCCCUCGCCGUCACUCCCCAACAGCCAAGAUGUGCUUGAACAUCGCCAUCCUGGACGGGUGCACGCGUUUUGGGCAGCCCAACCCCUCACUGUCCUUCACCAAGCCCUGCAAUCACAGGGCGGCCCAGCUUGGCUCUUGGACACUCGGGCUCGCCGACAUCGACAACAACGGUCACCAGGGGUGCUCGAACCCACUCCCUGCUGUCUUUCUUUCUCCGACCUCCUCGUGCAGUUGCACCAACGGGCUGGUCGUUGCGGAUAUGGCGCCGCCUACCCAGCUGAGAUUCUUCUUGCGCCAUGCUGCGCAGGGUGUGCUCGCCCAGGGCGGUGCGUUGAUGGCUUGGCCGUCGCUUACUGCCUGGUCGCAAGCAGACACCGAUUUUCUCGCUAACAAUCUCAUUGCCUGCCGGCGCGUCUGUGCGAGGGACACCGUCAUGGCGAGCGAGUUCGGUGAGGAGGGCCCCAGCCUCGAUGGGGUCUACACCAACCAAGAACCCCAAGCGGAAUGGGCCAUGGCGUACCCGGACCCCGCCGCUGAGGAAGACCACACCGCCAACCAUGUGUUUGGUGACGACCAAGCCCCCUUCGACGGCGCGAAACAACUGGGUGACGGCAACUAUCCUGUUGCUCAUCUGGAGGAGGGAAAUCAAUCCCUCGGCGACGACCAGCCCGCCGUUGGUAACCAAGCCGGCCCUUCGAGCGCGCCCCAGAAGUGGAAGCGCGGAAGGAUUUGGUCCCAAGAGGACAUGCAGCUCCUCUUGGACCGUUACGCCGAGAAGGAUGCGAGGGGCAAGAAGGUUUGGACGUACCAGAGAAUGAUUAGAGAAAUCCCACAAUUCCAAGACCGAACUCGCAACGCCCUUGAGUCGAAGGUGUACGAAUUGUCAAAGGGUACCAAGAACGAGACCGAGUAAGCAGGCUCUCGGAGUCAGCGGCGACUGCAGCCUGCAGUCGGUAAAGUAUCGAUCCAGGUUUCGACCUCAUCCUCGGACUUUCGCUCUUGCCGGCACCCGCGGACUACCAACUUUUCUCGUUAAACGGCAUCGGAUGAUUGCGAUUGAUGGCCGCGACUAGGGUUGGGUUUCGGAUUGUGGAGGACGCAUUAAGCUUUUUCUUCUCCUUCCUACCUAGGUACCUAAGGUAGGGAAGGGAAUGGGUGCCCGAUUUCAGCACAAUUAACAUGAGCCUUCCGUACUUCUUUUCCUUGCUGUGUUAGCCAUUUCCGGCGCGUGUAGUCCGAAUCUGUAUCCGGUAAGUUUACGACCUACCUUGCACUAAUACACGGAUUGA